AUUCAACCGUAUUUCUUAUAUCUUAUUGCAUAACGGGUCAAGAUAUGACAGAUAUAAGUAUUGUUAGUACAUCUCGACCAAAAAUUCUAGAAACAAUUUCUUCUAAGCAAAUGGAUGGAUCUCUCAAGUUAUUAGAAUCAGAUGUUGCAGCUAGCAUUAUUAAUGAAACAUGCCCGAAAUGCGAGUACAAGCAGAUGCGGUUUCAGACCCUUCAAAUGAGAAGUGCAGAUGAAGGAGCUACAGUGUUUUAUGAAUAUACCGGUUUUCUACUAAUGGAUGAAGAGGAAGAUGAUGAAGAUGAUGAGGGGGAGGAGAAGUAUGAGGAGAAGGGAUGUGGAGAAGGAUGA